GCAGAACACCCGGAUGUAGCCUCAGCGGGCGCCGCCAUCUUUGCUGCCUGUCUGCCAGCCCGGUUUCAGCAUGUCCGAGACCUACGAUUUCCUCUUCAAGUUCCUGGUGAUCGGCAGCGCUGGCACCGGCAAGUCCUGCCUGCUGCACCACUUCAUCGAGAGCAAGUUCAAACAGGAUUCCAACCACACCAUUGGGGUGGAAUUUGGCUCCAAGGUCGUCAAUGUGGGUGGCAAAACCGUCAAGCUGCAGAUCUGGGACACGGCGGGCCAGGAGCGCUUCAGGUCGGUGACCCGCAGUUAUUACAGAGGGGCCGCAGGGGCGCUGCUCGUCUAUGACAUCACCAGCCGUGAGACGUACAACGCGCUGGCGCAGUGGCUGACGGAUGCGCGGACCUUGGCCAGCCCCAACAUCGUCAUCAUCCUGUGCGGGAACAAGAAGGACCUGGAGGGGGAGAGGGAGGUGACGUUCCUGGAGGCGUCGAGAUUCGCCCAGGAGAACGAGCUGAUGUUCCUGGAGACGAGCGCGCUGACGGGCGAGAACGUGGAGGAGGCGUUCCUGAAAUGCGCCCGCACCAUCCUCAACAAGAUCGAGUCCGGGGAGCUGGAUCCCGAGCGGAUGGGAUCAGGGAUCCAGUACGGGGAUGCGUCGCUGCGGCAGCUCCGGCAGCCCCGGGGGGCCCCGGCCCCAACCCGGCAGAGCUGCGGCUGCUGAGAGCCCAAAAUACCCAAAAACACAGGACCAGGUGCCUCAGCCAGACCUCGGGGACCCCCCAGGAAUUUGGGGCGGGGGGGGGUGGGAUCCCCAAAAUCAAUUUUUUGGGGAGGUUUCCCCUCCCCCAAGCCCCACCCCCCCAAAACCCCAAAUUUUGGGUCAAAUGCCGCUGCUUUUGGGCAAAAAAAAAAAAAAAUCCCCAAAACUCCCUUGGACCCCCCCUUUAUUUGGGAGUGUCCCCCCUUUUUUUGAUGCGGUUUUUGGGGGGAUCCCCCCAAAAUCUGGGGACCCCAUCUCGAUUUUUUUUUUUUGCCUUUUUUUUGCCAUUUUUGAGCCAUUUUUUGGUGGUUUUGGCACUUUUUGAAGUCGGUUUUUUUCGGGGGGGGCGUCUCAAUCCCCCCCCAGUUUUUUGGGGGGUGGUCCCCCCAAUUUUUCCUCCGUCCCCCUCCCCCCAAAUUGGGGGGGGAUUUUUUCCCCCAUUUUUUUCCCUUUUUUCUCGGUUUUUUUCCCCUUUAGUUGGUUGUUUUGUUUUUUGUUUUUUUUUUUUGUUUGUUUGUUUUUUUUGGUUUUUUGGGUUUUUUUUGUCCUUUUCUCCUUUUUAUUUAUUUGCACUUAAUUUUGGGGGGGGGGGGGAGGAGCGGGAAUUUUGGGGAGGGGUUGCCUGAGGGGGGAAAGCGGGGCUGGAAAAUUUGGGGAAACUCCCCCUCCCCCACAAAAAAAAAUACCGGGAAAAAUCCCGGGAAUUUUGGGGCUUUCCCCCCGCCCAAGGUGUGAAAAAUGUGAAA